UUUCUCUGAUCUUCUAUCUGCAAGACGUGGUUCAAGGUCAAGGCAGAAGAAGACUUUGCUGAGAAACCUGAUUCAUUCUGUUUCUGACCAGUUUGCUGAAGAUGAGCAGAAUGAUGCUCAUGAGUUCUUCAGCUGCCUGGUAUCCCAGCUAAAUGAGCUGGGAACGCUAAUUCAGGCCUGGGAGGGAGCAGCAAUGUACGCCUGUCCUGUGGAAGGAAACCUGUCAUUCCAGAUGCUGUGCCAGAGGACGUGUACCAGCUGUGGAGCACAGUCAUCCAGGACAGAAGAUUUUACCAGUCUCUCCCUGGACGUCCUCCCACAUCUAUCAGUGGAAGAUCUGCUGAAGAACUACUUCAAGGAUUCCGAGGUGGAGUUCAGAUGUGCCACCUGCAGGGGGAGCCAUGCUGUCCUGUCAUGGACAUUUAUUACACUGCCUCGUGUCCUGGUGGCAUCCCAUCAUGACACCACUCUUGAAUUCGCUGAGCUCCUGAGAGCGACCUAUUCUUUCGUAAAUGUUUUUAGAAGUGGUCUGCAUGCCUAG